AUGGCGGCACCGCCACCAAAAUCAAGCGUGCCGCAAAACCGACUGCAUACCUGGAAGCGAAAAACAUCUUUGUAUUUGGGAAAAGAUGAAGAGCGUUGGGCACAUAUUGCAGCGGACCCUGCGUCAGACUCGCCAUGGAAGUUUGUCAAAAGUGUCGUGGUGCCGCCUCCGCGCUUGUGGGAAAACCAUGAUCCCAUCACACACAAGUUUGCGAGUUCUCUAGGUAUCAUCCCUGAAUCUGCGCAGUAUCGCAGCAAGCUCGAUAUUGAGUCGACGCUUUUAGCGAAGGACGUUGAGCUUGGCUCAGGUGCAGCACAGCCGCGACCGUUCUGGCAGCGAGGCGACCGAACCAAGAUGCCGCAUGCUUCUGCUCUGCUAUCGCCGAGAUCUAUUCAAACAGAAUUUCUAUGCCAACCUAACGUUUCGCUCCAGCCUGCGUCGUCAGAUGCAGAUCUGAACGACGUUUUGCGUCACGACGCGCCUCCAAAUCAACUGCCGACACUCGAGAUGCGGCGCCACUUGCGCUCGAAGCUGCUGCGUGCUGCCAUCAAAGACCAUGUGGCGUUGCCACGUGCGGAGUCACCAGAGCUUCACGUCCGGGAAGAGCCGCGCUGCACGAGUGCCGUGUAUGACAAGCGAGAGAUUCAUUCGCUUGUGCCACGCCGUAAUAUCGAGCUGGUAGAGGGCACGUUGUAUGAUGAAGAAGGUCCGUUCAAGGAGGGUGCAAUGAGUGACAGUCUGAGUGUGCGUCUCUUUUAUGCACCGGGCAACAAUGUUGGCGAAGGUGUCAGCUUCCUCAUCACCACACCAGACAACCGUGUGUUUUCCGCUGCGAAGCGGCGGCGGUGGGCCAUGGACCAUAACGGCAAUUUUUUCGCAGCGAUGGAAAUCAAGAGUGCCGAGUCUAAGAUGCAACUCGCUCUAAGAGAGAGCGUGGAUCCGCAGUAUGUCAGGGAGUUUGAGAUUGAUUUGCGCAAGCAUUACAUUGACGAUAUUCUCGACGAGAUGCAAAAGGCCGAAACGCUUAUGCCAGGAGAUAACGGCGUGACACCGCAUGUCCUCCAGACAGAGGAUGGCAAGGUGAUUCGCCUGGAGGAAGAUUUUCCGGAAGAAGCCUUUUUCGUGAUUGCAGGGUGCCAGGAUCACGAGAUAUACCCGGUGAUUGCGCGGGUGUUUGUCGAAGCAAUCCGGCUACUCUGGCACAUGCACUGCCAUGGAUGGAUGCAUGGAGACAUCAAACUAGAAAAUCUCAUGUUUAAUGAGAAAGGUGUGCUGCGUAUCAUUGAUUUUGAAAACGCCUCACCAUUCCGUGGCUCGCCACACCACGACGGAAAAAUCCAACUGUUGAGUUUUGACUGGACGCCGCCCGAGUUAGAGGUCAGUUUUCUGGGCCGUCGAAUGGGACCGACGGGUGAUCUGUACGCUUUGGGAUGUAAUGUUAUCCGGGGCUUUGCGCUACGUGAUGGCAUCACGGAUAAUACGGUGCGUCAAAUGCUCAUGGGCGAGGGAUUGGCCCAUUUCGUCAGGUUCCGGGAGAGACUGCUAACGUCGACGGCGUCCAAGCCUGAUGCACCGCCCGUCCAAUACGGCAUUAAUUUAGUACCCUUGCUGGAAGAGGCAGAUUUCGAUGCGGUGCCGGUGUACAACAACCCCGCGCGAAUUCUGCGCAUGUUCGCUCUUCGCGCGCCCAAAUUGUUGCAGUACAUUUUAGCGCACUGCGUCGCACCAUCACCGGACGACCGCAAUGAGCGCCUCGGUGUGGCGCUCGCCGAAGAGAUGCUCAACGAUCCGGCCAACGCAGACAUGUGGGAAACGGUGGAAAAAACGGUCGCGCAUUCUAUCGAGUUGAGCGGUAGCUCCUGGGUUAGGCCAAAACUCGAUGAGGCGCGUCGUAUUUUAGAACUUGCAUAA